AAAAAAAAACAAGUAACCUUGUGGUUGUUCACUCAUGACUAUCUUUUGUUUAACUAAAAAAUUAGAUUUUUUGACGUGUCUAAAUCCUGGAAAAUUAUCGUAUUAUGGCAGCACGCUCGGUUUUCAAACUCAUUACUAAAACGUGUUCCUACACCUUGAAUCCAACAUGUCCAUCCACAUUUUCCUCCGACAAGUGCUACAGAAAGGGACAACGAUCCUAUUCACAACCUCCCAAGCACCAAUUUCGGCGCAAAACCAAACAGGACUUUUACCAAUUGCGCCAAUUGUCCAAAUCCUUGCAGAACCUCAGAGAUAGUCGUUUCAAAGAGGACGAGUUUGAAGAAUUCGAAGCUGAAGAAAAACCAAGGUUUAGUGUCACACCAGUUGAUACAAGUUUUCGCGAAACUGCGAAAGAAUUCAAGGAGAAGUACGUCCCUGAGGAGAAAAACGACGAAGGGAAUCCGAUCUAUGAACUGGGCGAGUGCUCACGCAGUGAGGAGAACUACUACCAAGUGUUCCACCAUUUCAAGAAGUCGGAAGACAAUAAAAUGAAGCGGCUCUUCAUGCACUUGCAACCGUGCAAUUUGCGACCUUAUGGCUCAAAUGACAAUCUCUUCUAUCCCAACUUUAGCAAAAAGAAGAUCAAAAUUGUCUACCCCAGUGCUCCGAGAACCGGCGAAAGCGAACCAAGCCGGCGAAAGUUUGACGGAAUCCACUACAAGGAGUUUAGCAGUUACAGACUGGAAAAGAAAGAGUCCACUGGGCAUGAAGAUGGAAAAAAGUUGUCCCUUGGUGAGAAAAGCUCCUCCAAAAUGAUCAUCAAUAAGAAGAACUAUAGUACCUCCUGUAUGAAACCACGGAAGACUUUAACCAAAUCUGGAGUGGACUUAAAAGGGCCCAAGUUAACAGUUUGCAAAAGCUUGACUCGAAGAUCUAGCACAGCUUUGGUCAAAAAACACAAAAAGGAAACGAAAAAAAGUCAAUUGGACGCAAUCGUCAAAUCUAACAUUGCAACACUUGAACAAUUGACUAAAAAAAUCAACGAAAGCCGGACCAAAAGACUGAACCGUGAACAAUCCAACACUUGUGGCUGGAGUCGCAGUUACAACACUUACAACAAACCAGCUGACAUCAACUGUGACGAUUACGUGACUGUUAAACUAAGCGAGUUGAAGGAGGAAUGCCGUAAGUUGAAAAAAUGCAAACCGAAGAAGAUUUCUUUUGGUCGCCUUCCAAAACUAACCUCGCCUGAUUGCCCCUGCAUUGAGGAUGUGCCACUGAAAGAAGGCAAACCUUUGAUACGUCUCAAGAAACGUUUCGAUGUCAAAGAACCCAAAAACGUGUGUGAGUCUGAACUGGUUUGUACAACACCAAGAGCUGACGAUAACUACAAAGUUGUUCCAAAAACACUUCCAGUUAUCCAACCGCAGGAAUGUCCAUGUGAAGAACGAGAAAUGACCGAUUUUGUUAUUAAAAGACUCCCAAAGAAGCAUAUUCCAGAACCGAAACGAAUUUGUUCUUCAUGUGAUGAUGAAAUUUGUUGUGCUCCAAGAGCCGACGCUUCGUACAAACACAAAGUCAAACCUUUGCCCAAACUUAAACCUAACAAUUGUCCUUGUAUUGAAGAAAUACCACUGAAGAAUGUCCCCUUGCACCGAUUGAAGGCCAAACCAAUCAAAGAACCGGAACGGAAAUGCUCAGAACUACAUGUUUGUGAAAUACCAAGAGCUGAUGAUGGUCUUAAAGUGGAACAGAAGGUACUACCAACCAUCAAGAGUGAGUGUGUUUGUGUGGAACCACCACCACUUGAACCCGGUACUCCAUUACCACGCCUACCUAAAUUUAAAUACGUGGAAAAGCCACGGGAAAGCUGUGACCUUCCGCCGUGUUACGACGCCGUUCGAGCUGAUGGUGAUUUGAAAGUUACAGCGAAAAAACUCCCAGUUUUCGUCCCCCAGAACUGUCCGUGCAAAGAAGAAGUGAUUCCAGACGCCCCAGUUAAGAUGAAACGACUCAAAAUGAGAAAUAUCCCCAAAGAAAAGAAGAAAGUUUGUGUGGAGGAAGUUUGUGGUGAACGAGCCGAUGAUGGGAUGAAAAUCAAACCAAAACAACUUCCAGUUUUGGAACCCAAGGAGUGUCCUUGCGUUCCCACCGAAAUGAAGGACGCACCACCGUUGAAAAAAUUGGUACCAAAGCCAGUACAAGAGCGUCCAAGACCUUGCCUGGUCGUAACAGAGUGUACGACACCACGAGCUGACGAAAAACUCAAAGUCCAGAAGAAAUCCUUGCCGGUUUUGCCCCCCGGAGCGUGUCCUUGUAUCGAACCGGAGCCUCCACUCGAUGUCAAGCCGUUGAAGAAGUUGAAGAAAAAACCGGUGGUGUUUAAACGUGUUUGCACUGUUGUGGAAGAGUGUACGACUGAACGUGCGGAUGAAAAUCUCAAAGUUAAAGUGAAGAAAUUGCCAAAGUUGGACGUUCCUGAUUGUCCUUGCAUUGAACCGUCGCCGCCUGAAGACGUCAAGCCUUUGGCAAGGUUGAAAAAGGUCCAUAUUCCCGAGCCUAAGAGAAUUUGCCCUGUGGUUGAUAGUUGUGAGGAGGCGACAAGAGCCGAUGAAGACGAUUGGUUGUAUUGGAAGAGGGUUGAGGUGAAACCGCCAGAGUGUGAGCCGAAGAAAACCAACAAGAGGAGUUUUAGUACCGUUGCUAGAAGAUUUUAUUGUACUAGUACCAAGAACAACGAUUUGUUCCAAUUGAAGUAUGACGUUCCCCAGUUAUCGGUUAGUGAGUUUGGGGCGAAACCUUACAACGUUAUCAUUGAUAUCAAGCCUUCGGCUCCUUUGAUUUUGACGCAACAGCCGUUGAAAAGCCACCAAGUCGAAGGUUUUGAUACGAGUUUAGCCCGGAAACGGUCAAAACGUUCACGGUCUGAACCAGUCGAUUGUGUCACUUUUGUCAUCUAUAAGAGCAACAGUCUUGGUGCUUCUAAAUCAGUGAAGGAACCGUCGAGUGAUGUUGUGCUAUUUUCAAACAACAGUCGUUUUAUCUCGACUUGUAGUACUCUCUACGAGUACUCGGAACGUAAGGAUAAGUUGAAGGAUCAUGUAACUCCAUCCUGUGAAUGUCCUCCAAAUGAUAGACAUCUCCAGCCUCGAAACCCCAUAAUUCCAGAAAAGGAAACUUUUAUCACCCAAUAUCCGGCCGAUGAGCUUGUUGAUCAUGCGGCCAAAAAAAGCAGGAUGUACUACAAGACCAGGAAAGCUGAUGUGGAUUCACACGAGAGGAAGGAAGAAGCGGAAGAUGAGUGUAAGGAAGAAGAACAAGAAAGGGCAAAGGCAAUUUGUGAGGUUGGGAAGGAUGGGACCACAAAAGUGGAAAAACAGUUAACCCUUUGGGAAAAAAUCGUCAACUACUUCAAGGCAAGGCCGUGUCCGAGCCCAGAAGAGUUUAGGAAGAUGCGGUUGAGGGAAGAUGCCGAAAGGGCGGCGUCAAAAGCUGGUUUGUGUCUGUAUGACCCUAAGGAGAUGCUGCGGAAGAAUGAGAAGGAGUUGCCGAAGGUGAUAACAGCGUCGUCGGCGCGGGACGACUGUCAGAAAUGAAAUGUAUUAGUUUUUUGUUUUGAAUAUAUGCUCUGAGUAAGA